AUGAAAGGACUCCAGCUACUUUUUAUUGGGAUUCUUUGCAACCUGUGCUAUGGCUAUUAUGAUGGACCACUCUUUCCCGAAAUGUCCAAUGGGACUCUCCACCACUACUUUGUACCUGACGGGGACUACGAAGAGAAUGAUGAUCCAGAAAAAUGCCAGCUGUUAUUCAGGGUGACGGAUCAGAAUCCAUGCAACAAUGGAGAUGGUCAGGCUUUCUCCCUAAAGGAGGAAUUUGUCAUUAUCAAACGGCAGAUUGAAGAUGCCCAAAGGGUUCUUGAUAGUCUCGGAAAAAGCAUUUCCUAUGACCUUGAUGGUGAAGAGAGCUAUGGAAAUUAUCUGGGAAGGGAAUCUUCUCAGAUCAGCGAAGCCUUCUCCAAUUCAGACAAGUCUUUGACAGAACUGGAAAUAAAGUUUCAGCAGAGCCAGGACAGUGAGAAAAGUGAAGCACGAGAGUUAAAUGAUGACUUCGUAACUAUGAUGGUCCACACCAGGGCUGUGCUCAGGGAAACAUUAGACAUGUCUUCGGGACUGAGGGAUAAGCAUGAACUGCUUUCUUUAACCAUUAGAAGCCACGGUGCUAGGUUAAGUAGACUGAAAAACCAGUAUCUGAAGGUUUGAAACCUUCCAUUACUCAUCUGUAAAAUGUGCACCAUAACUUCCUAUUUUAACAAUACUGUAUAAAGGUAUAAACAAUUUGGGCUGCUACUUCUUCAAGGUGGAAAUUAUUUUUAAAAAGAUAUGCAUUUAAAGUGACAAUGUAUCAUUAGGAUGCCAAUGGUAACAAAAUGUCUCUGGCAGGGAAGAGGUUAAGAAACUAAUUGGUUUCAAUCUACAAAUGGGAAGUAACGUUCAUUGGACAUCGAUAAAUGCAAUAUUUUUAAUAUUUAAAUAACUGCACUCUUGUCAACAUUUUGGUUGAUUCUUAAGAUUUGUUAACCCAUUAAUUGCUGUCAGACUGUCUUUAGUGCAGAUUUUACCACCAUUUAAUGAGGUAACACUACUUAUUAAAAAAAAAGUGUGAUUUUUUUUUUAUAAAUACCUUUAUUGCAUUUUAGCAGCAAGUCUAUUAGAGAUAGAACUCAUAGCAGGGUAUAUUAUUUAUUUAAUGAUUAUUUGCUGCAUCAAUAUAAAAUUGUGAAGAUGUAUAUAAUAUACAUACUCUUGAAAAUGUGUUGCUUUUAGCUUUCUUUGUUUAUAGCAUCCAUGCAUUUUGUAUGUAUGUACUGUAUGGAAUAUAAGGUGCUUACAUGUCUAUGCUUAUACACAGUUUGAGUAUCAAUAUGUCUUUAAAUUAAUAUUAAAUACAAAAUAUGAACUCUUACAGUAUACUUAAUAUUCUGCAAUCCAUAUUUUUAAAAACAUUAAAUGAAAGGGCAAAGUAAAAACAAAUAUACAGUAUUAAAAUAACAGUAAAUUCUAUUAAAUGUGAACAUGUGAUCUUUAUUAUAAAUGAUCCAUAAUUUAACCCAUUGAUGUAUCCAAGGAAGAAUUAUGUGCUAUGAAGAAUACUCUUUGUCCUUUCAAACAUACUGGGGAUAAGGCAGGAAGUGUAGAGUUAACCCUGGAUAACUGUGCCUGACCUAUGAAUGACAGAUGGAUGUUGAACGUUAAUGACUAUUAUAACCUACUUUUUAUCCCUGGCUGAUAAUAAAUUAAGCAAAAUAAAAUGUCCAUAAUGACAUUAGUAUAUUUUAUUUUCUUGUUGUGCUUGGUGUAACAGAGGACUUUUCUCACUUCUGGUCCACCAUAAGCACACACCAUUAAAUAAGUUAAGACUUUGUGGGAUACAGAUAGGAACACCAAGGGUCCAGAAAAGAUAAAAUUGGAGUUAACCCUUUAGAACCUAGAAUAGCAAGCAACGCUGUAUAUUAAUACCGUGGUAGAAAAGCUUCAUUGAGCUUUAGAAAGUGAAUUUAUAGUCGAGACACAGUGUAUAUGGAGGAAGGAGCUUAAAGGGUGAUCCAGGAUCUGAGGUUUUACAGCUGGAAUAAACCCCGUGAUAGACAGAGGGUUAAAUAGCAAAACGCAUAGUGCUCCGUUUGUUAGGCAGUUUAAAUGUUAAACUAUUCCUAUAUAGCCUAACAUCUUUUUUUUAUUAUUAUUAUUUUUUUUAAUGCAUUCUUAUUCUUACAUUUAUUUCUUACAAUCGCAAAGCGUUUUCCAAGUAGGUCACUGAAUUGCUAUUACGUAACAGGUCCUACUCCAAGAAACAAGUUCAUAUAUUCCUGUUUUAUUGCCUAUUAAAGAGAGUAAGUGAUCAUAAACUUUAUACAGCCGCACAUGAGUCAUACACCACCAAGCAGCAUCUCUUUGUAGCAGCUGUUGGAGGGAUGGGAAGCCUUAGCCCUUAGUGCUAUAUGUGAUGUGUAAUUUAAAGCUGUGGAGACCACCUACUAGGUCUAUCCGGUAGCCAAACUCCCGAUAAAGACAAAGUAUUCCUAGUGAUAAGGAGGAAUAUACACAGUAUGUCUCCGUGUGUAUGUGGGGUUGCAACUCCAAUAAUAAGUCACAGAGAAGUUAUAACAAAUAAUAAUAAAUUGCAUUAUACGUGAUUAUUACAAAAAAAACCCAGGUCAGCUUGACCUGACUCAUAGCCAGCGGAUCUUGGCAAGAGCCCUUGGCAUCAAAUACCUUAGUUGGUUUCAGCACAGGUGCAUUGUGAGCUGCCUGAGAAGUUAAAAUCCUUCCUUCAUUAAAGAAUAAGAUUGAGCGGCCAUUAAACACAUUAGGAACCGAACUACUUUCAACAGGAGAGAGCUGAGAAACGAUGUAUUUAGCGAUCCCCCGGACCUACCUUGCCAAGUCAGUUCCUCAUCAUAUGAAGACAUAUCCUAGUAUUCUACCUCAAAAGACUGUGCCGAGAAAAUAGGCCGAUUACAAGGGAGAUUUCUGCAUGCUAUAGAAUAAUCUAAACAUAAAACUGUUAGUGCUUAGAACAAAAUAAGUUAAAACCGGAGAGUAAAAACAUCAAGUUAUUCUAUGGACCUAUUUGUUACUUUUCAGAUAAUAUAAUAUAUAUAUAUUAAUUGUGCUCCUAUAUUUUUCCCAAGGCUAUAAACGUCAAAUUGUACCUCUCUAGCUGUUAUUAUUAUUUAUUGUUUUAUAUAGUGCCAUCAUAUUCCGUAGCGCUGUACAAUGGCUUAUCAGACUAGUACUAUAAUUCUCCAAUCCAACUGCAGAUCACUAAAUAUUGUUCAUACUUUUGCUGGCUCCCAUGAUACGGUAUGUUAAUGUGUCUGUUCUUAAUGACAAAGGCAAAAGUCUAUAAACAAGUUUACCGUAAUGCUUUUUCAAUAAAAAUGAAUCAAAAGAUUUGUGCGUGAAACCAUGGAACAUAAGAUAUUGGGGGAUAUUAAAUCUUGUAACAUGACCUUUGCAACAAUAAGUCUUAUACAAUAAAAAAUCAUUGAUGGUGA